AUGGAGGAAAAUCAAGCUUUUCCAAAAGUCGAUGUACACUAUAGUGGUACUUUUGUGCCUAAUCCAUUAGUGUAUUUUGCUUUAGAAGUACAACGACUGAAUGAAGAUGCAAACGAGUUUGUUUUCUCCGAUUUCAUCAAAAAUGUUGAGAAGCUUAUCGAUUUUCAGUGCUACCAUCUACAUGUGGAUGUGUAUAUUGACCACGAUAAUGAACUUAUAUUUGAGUGGAUUCAGAAAGAAGAAUCAGACAAUAAAGAACUUGUGUAUUCAGAAGAAGAUGUCGACUCUGUUUUGGCAGAUGAUGAGAACUGUGAACAUGAAUAG